AUGGGCAAGAUGAAAGUCGCUCAGAGAACAGGCGAGGGAGGACCCUCGGGUCUGUCCUCUGACUCUUCUUCUUUUCUUGCUUCUUCGAAGUCUUGUCUUUCUUCACCCUGUCCCUCUCCCUCUGUCUCAACUUCCUCUGCCUUGCCCCCGUCGCCUACUCACCAGCUGUCUCGCCUACCUACCUCCACCUCUUUCCAGAGUUUCUCUCAAUCAGGAGCGCCGAGUGCGGUCCUCCCGUCUAUUUUCUUUCGAUUCGCCUCGACUUUCUUCACGGUUUUUGCCGUCGUACUUCUCUCUCUCACCUCACCGCCCUCCCUUCCUCUCUGCGACACUUGCAACGCCGAAGUGGACUCGUUUCUUUUCGCAGAAGCUGCCAGUGAGUCCCGUCGAUCGACAGCUGACGAAUGUUUGUCCGGUUCGAGUAAUUCGUCGGCGAACUGCGCGCGGAAGUCGGCUUCUUCGCCUCCUCCGAAAAAGGGCGUGUGUCACAUUGCUUCUCAGCCGCCGUCCUCCUGCGAGGUUUCACACAUUCGAGGCCUCGAACGCGCCAAGAUCCCUCCCGUUCACGGCAGGCCGUCCUUCGACGCCGAAGACUUUGUCUCGCUCUUCUUCGCGUCCGACGAACCUCGAAAGCGUCGGCCGAACAAAUCGACCUCCCGAGGCACAAGCAGAGCGGGGACUGAGGGUGCGCAAGUGCAGCCUGGAGGAGGCGCGGGGCAGAGUUGCCCCCAUGGUGGAUCCGCGUCCAAGGCGCAUGGAAAGUCGUCCUACAUUGGCGGGAACGCAGACGCAGAAACCGAUGAGGAUCUCGAUGAAGACGCGAGCGAGCGCCUGUACUUCGACCCGUACGAGGUCCUCGGCAUCCCCGCUGACAGCAGCGAGGAGUGCAUCCGCCUCGCCUACAGACAGAAAGCGAAGGCAUGCCACCCCGACAUGGUUGCGAGGAGGGAGCUGCGAGCCCAAAAGGACUCAAACACAUCAGAAGAAAAGAAAGACCCGGCGACGGGAACCUACGACUUUGCAAAGACAACAGAGGGCGCUGAGGAGACACCCGAGCUGGCUGCAAGCUCGCCGGGAAGUGACGAAACCGGCUCUGCGUCGUCUGGCGAGGCGGAGAAAACGGGAACAUUUCGACCGCCAUGGCAGGUCCCCGGACGACCCCCGCUUCCUCCACAGAGGCGCUGUCUUUCGUGA